CGACAAAGGUAAGCGCGACUCAGAACAGGCACCUCCCUCUUAUCCACCCGCUCAGGCAUCGGCGCCAGUUGCAAGUCGCCAGUGUCAACGAGUUGUAUGCUUCAACCCCUUCUCUAACCUCUUCUUCUCUCUGCCACCCCUCCCUACCCCUUCUGCGACCAUAAUUUCUACUUGCCAAACCGCUCCCUCAAUGGAAAUAUCCUAGUUAUCAAAUUCAUCUCCUACCGCUCCUUCUGUACCUCUUCCCACGCUCUCCGCUGGACCCCGAUCAUGGGUGACAAUGAGGGCGUCGCUAUUAUCAAGAGUCAAAAGAUCCAUCCGUUCUUUGCAGUGGCCAAGAACGUCGUGAAGGAGUCCCCAUCCAGCCAGGUGACCCCCCUAACGCCCGACUCGUCACGCAAUCCUCACCCCAACAACACAUUUAGGGCCGCAGAGAAUCGUGGCAAUGUGAUUGUAGCGCUUGGAAACGGCCAAAGGAAGCGCCGUAGGACAGAGUCUUUAACCAACACAAGACACCUCGCAAAGCGAGACAGAGACUGCGGGCAGGGACCUAUCAUGUUAGAUGGAGCAAGCAUUAGAGACGGAAUUGGCCAGGAGGCCGGCAACGAUCCCCUCCCUACCAGCGAGUUGCUUGACGCCAGCAGUCGUAUUAGGCCUGUUUCCCAAGCUGCCUCGGAGGCAAAUUUUACUGAUGCGAAAGGGGACACAGUUGACACUAGCAAAGCAUCGACACUCCCUAAACCACAGAAGCUAUUGCGACUGAAUCCGAAGACUGGCACGAUCGGCUCUCCACCAAAGCCUAAACCAACUUAUAUUUCGCCAAACCUACCCAUUAAGAAGAAACGGGGUCGAAAACCAAAGAAGAAACUACUUUCCAUUCGAUAUGGGCAAGAGGAUGACGCAGCUCGGCAUCGUAUCGGCCAACAGAUCAAUAGUAUUCUUGCCAAGACUCCGGCGACUGGCACACUUGGGGGAACACCACCGUCAAGUAGAGAAGCAGACGAUUCGUCUGUAGAUGAAGCCGUUACAAACGAGGAACUGUCGCUGGAAGAGGCGACACCGGAGAAGGAUCCGAUGCCCUGCAAAGCCACUCAUCCGUUCUUCCAAGGAAAAGGGAAAUCCGGCGUUGCCGUGGAAGUUAAGCAGAAGACUCCGGCAAGGCCACCCACCAAGAGACAGACCAUCUUCACCUCGACCCCGUGCUCCUCCGGCCAAUUUCCACCAAAAGCCCCCAAGUUCAACAUCCCAGCAAUCGGCGCAGGCGCAGGCGCUCUAAGGGUCCCUGGUGCACAGUAUCCAGCCUGGCCGUGGGAAGGGGCCGUCCAUAUCCGCGAUUACCAGCCGCAUCCUCUCAACUCAGAGCCAGAUUCUACGUCGAAAAUUUUGCCCAGAGAGCGAAAGGCAAAGGGCCAUCAGGUUGAAGUUUUAGACUCUGAGUCUGUUCUGCAAAAGACACGCUCAUUGUUAAACGUCAGAAACUUAACUGAGGAACUCAAGGUUCAUGAUACCGGCGCUUUUCAACCACCUCAUCCAUUAUUGCGGAUUCCAAGCAGACAUUUCGAAGGCGGAAAGAAGCUACAAGCCCGUAUUGCCAGCGAAUUAAAAACCCUCAGCUGUAACAAGGACUCUAAGCAGACGCAUCCUGCCAUCAAGCAGGCAUAUGCAUCUCUGCGACAAAACCUGUCAGCCUUUGACAGGUCAACAUGUGAGACAAGCGCGUGGACUCAGAAGUAUUCCCCAUCCUCCGCAAGCCACGUACUUCAGAGCGGUCCCGAAGCUGAGUUGCUUCGUGACUGGCUCCGGACUCUCAAAGUACUAUCCAUAAAUACCGGCACGGCCAGCUCUAGAACAACAUCGAAGGGUGCUGCUGCGGCAAAGCCGAGACGCAAGCGCAAGAAGCUUCACGGGUUUGUUGUUUCUAGCGACGAGGAGAUGGACGAACUGGACGAGAUAUCUGAAAUCGAUGAGGAUUGGCCGCCGAGUAGAGGCCGAGGUACCACGAUGAGAACGGUCAUACGGUCUGGUGACGCAAGUGCUCGAACAUCCCAGGACGGUGACCGCUUAACCAACGCUGUGAUUCUGAGUGGGCCACAUGGUUGCGGCAAGACCGCUGCUGUAUAUGCCAUCGCUAGAGAGCUCGAUUUUGAGGUCUUUGAGAUCAAUGCAGGUUCUCGGAGAAGUGGCAAGGAUAUUCUCGAAAGAGUUGGCGACAUGACACGAAACCAUCUCGUUCAACACCGCCGCCAGGAGGUUGCUCUUCGAGACGAGGAUGCUUCCGCAGACGAGUUGAGCCAAGAUAUAAAGUCAGGCAGGCAAGGCAUGAUGACAGCAUUUUUCAAGCCGAAGCAGGUUGCGGCUCAAACCCUUGUUAAGAAGUCGGCCCGCCCGUCCCCAGCAGAAUCGGACAAUAUCAAGGAGGCGAGAAAGUCGGCCGAGGCCCCGAAACAGUCUCUGAUCCUUCUCGAGGAAGUCGACGUCCUCUACGAGGAGGACAAGCAAUUCUGGGCCACUGUCAUCUCUAUGAUCUCUCAAUCGAAGCGCCCUUUUGUGAUGACGUGCAACGACGAGACCUUGGUCCCAAUAGAGAACCUCAGUUUGCAUGGAAUUUUCAGGCUCUCGUGCCCGCCAGCGGAUAUGGCGGUUGAUUUAUUGCUUCUCAUCGCGGCAAACGAGGGACACGCCCUCCGAAGGCGUGCGGUCGAGACGUUGUACGAUUCACGUUGCCACGAUUUACGUGCUUCGAUAACCGAGCUCAACUACUGGUGUCAAAUCGGCAUUGGCGACAUACAAGGCGGCUUUAAUUGGUUCUAUCCCAGGUGGCCGAAAGGGACCGACGUCGACGAGGACGGUGACAAGAUCCGUGUUGUCAGUCAGGACGCAUACCAAACCGGCAUGGGCUGGCUUAGUAGAGACGCAGCUACGGGCAGUUCAUUUUCUCGCUCUACCCGAGAGGAAUUGCACCAACAAAUUCACCACAAUUGGGCCCUCGACACGUACGAGUCUCGUGUGCACGACGAUCGUUUCGCCUCCUGGGCCGCGGCAAGAAGCCGGCAAAUCUCAUCCGCCAAAGAGCGGCUCGACCUUCUAGAAUCCAUCGAUGCGUUUUCUAGUCUCCUAAGCGACGUAGAUCUCGGCUCAACCAGCAUCUCAACGACGCCCAAUCUAGAGGCGAUGGACGCCUCAUUUCCCAGCCUACCGACGAAGGCAAAAGACGAUUUCAUCAUCGGCCGACCGCUUCUCGAAGUAUCGCCCUCCAUCCACUAUGAUACAAGUCGGCACGAUAUAUCAACCACCUUAAAAGAUCUCGCCAGAGUACGGCUAGGAGACAGUUGGUCUACUUACGAUGGCUUCGGCGAAAUUUUCGGGGCUUUGGACGAGGAGGAAGCGACCGCUCAGAUAGCAGACCACCUUCGCAAGUCGCUGGAUGCAGCUCCAGCCAUCACGAGACUAGACUAUAGCCUCGCAUUUGACCCCAUCGCCGCCUCGGAAAAGUCUAUGGCCCCGGGCUAUCUAGACCCGUCCGUGUUCGACCGAACCAUGAGUAUGAUUACCCUCGACAUAGCUCCGUACGUCCGCAGCAUCGUAGCCUACGAUCAGAAACUUCACCAGGAGAGGAUCCAACGCAGCAGUCUACUCAGCGAGGGCGGGAGGCCGGGCAAGAAGCGAAUGCGCACGACGAGAAGCGCCUACUCGGCCCUCCAGGGCGGAUCCCGAGCCUAUGCGAGGAGGGAGAGGUAUUUCUCGGCGGACGUGAAUCCGCACCUGGUGAUGCAAACCGGGGGCCAGGGCUGGGAUGCGCUUGUAGCUUUACACAUGGGGGAGCAGAAUACCGCAAGCAGCAGCACGAAGGAUUCUUGCGAAGAUGGCAGCUCUGACUGAAUAUGAGCUUGGACUAGAUAUAUUAUUGGCUUAGCUUUUGCCGACGUAUAUAGAUGCAUUUACGCGGUUGCUUUAGAAAGGCGAUAUCGGAUGUUAGAGAUGUGGUUGGGCAUGGCCGGAGACACGCCACAGGGGAUCAACGCAUGGCAUCGCAUAUAGCGAGUGAGUAGAAAAGACCCUCGGCGGCUUUGAAGCAACGAGGCAUCGAGUGGCCUGCCGAUUCUACGGCAUCUAUAGCAUAGACUACGCGGAGGCUAGUAAACUAUUACAUUCUGUCGUUCUUCCCAAAUGAUCAGUCCGCAGCCAGAGACAGUAUAUAGUCUUCAUUAGGGCAAUAUAGUUAGGUCACACUCCUCCCAAAAGCGAUCCUGUCGCGUAAAACGUAGCGGUAUGUAGGUAGGUAUAUAAGGGCUGGUUCAAUUGCUACGUGACAUAACCCCCCAGUUGUUGGACACCUAAGGUAGGUAAUAACUGCUUACUCGCGGAACUGA